AUGGGGUCUUGUGGCCGAGUGGUUAGCGUGUCCGUCUACCACUCCCACGACCCGGGUUCGAACUCUGCAGUUUUUGCAGGUCACAUGAGUUUUUCCAAAAUGUUCACUUUUCAGACUCUAAACGCUUUUCCUUGCAUGUCACCCAUAGUUACUUCGUUUUCCGUCACGAAAAAUAAAAAAAAUACUGGAUUUGAUAUAUAUUGGAAGAGAAUUCCGGAAAAGUAUUACUGUGGUGAGCCGUUGCAUUAUGUGCUGGCAUUCUCUACCAAAGUCAACCUCAACAAUAAUAAUUACACCAUGCAAGAUGCCAGAAUACUUCCGGAUGACGUCUGGAGCAAGCAGGUUGAAGUCAGUUCGAACGAUGCUCACCAUCAAAUUUCGUUCAAUUUCUUGAUGGAUUUGAACGGCACUAACCAGCGAGUUGUUAUGAUUGUUGCAUCAAGAAAUGACGCAGGCUACAGAUUACGUGAUGCAAAUAUUCUUCAACUUCCUCUAGUAACUACCGCUCUGGCUUUCCAAAACAUUGAUUCCAAGCUCUCCUUGGUUGUGGAAAAAGUUAACGACACUUACAUUGGGAUAAGUUUUCUGAUAGACGAUGAUAAUUAUCAUUUUAAAGACAUUGUGUCAUCAUCUUCACCGUCAUCAUUACCUUCAGCAUUGUCGCAAAAUUACGAAUUGGUUCUCUACAAGUGUCCAAGUCUGCGGGAUGAUGUUUGUCAGAAGGAGAUGACGUGGCAGAGUUUUCCGAAAGAAGACAUUGAAGUCCGAAUAAUAUCACCUAGGUACAGUGGCUAUAAAGCAGCAAAAGCACAGAACCUACCGAGGCAAAUAAGCAUACAAACGUACGCUGAAUAUGAUGCCAACUUCAAGUACGGGGUCUCCCUCUUUAAAAACAAGGAAAGUCAGAAAACAUUUUGGUUCCAAAAACUGUACAGCUUUAGUGCUACAAUUGCAAGCCCCACCCACCUCAUGAUUGAAAAGUUGAGAGUAGGAGAGAAGGGUGAGGAUGUAGAAAUCAAAUGGUGGUACGAUCAGGAAAACUGCAUACAGUGCGCUUACGUUCACACGUUCAUUCUCAACUACUGCAUCAUUGUCACGGACGAGACAUCAUGCGUCGGCAAGCCUACCAGAGUAAUCAUUGAUUCCAUACCAAACAGCGUGAAUUCCUUAUUACUCAAGGAAUUGAAAUUUGGUAGCCGCUAUUUGUUCACGAUGACCAGCCAGGCCAUGAGUGGAGCAAGCGACAUCCCCGCCACAUAUUUGUACAUCACUGACCUCCAUUACGAUUGGACCAAAUCGAAUUACUUGGCAGUGGUGAUCAGUGUUCUUGUCGUUAUUGCCGUUCUCCUUCUUAUUGGAUUUUACUUCGUAUGUAGAGCCUGCAAGAGAUGCCGUCGCAAAUUUAGAGAAAAUGUUGGAAUAGCUCUGCCCAACGAUAGCUAUCACAUUAUUUACAAACAAAACGAAAGCGUACCACUGAACUCUGGUGAGCUAGUAAGCGACAGUAAGGAAGCAAACCAUGGCAGCAAGUAUCGACGCCAUCGAAACAGCAGCAACAACAGUGAAGAGGAGGAGGAAGAGGAUGACAACCGCAACACAGAUGGAUACAGCAAGAUCAGUGGCAAGAAGAACGUUCCAGUCUCCAACAACGCCGUCCAUCUGAAAGGUCAAGGUGACGAUAAGUUAGGCUACAUAACGAUGAGUGACGAGGACAGCAAGAAUCUGGCUUACGUGAAAAAUGCAUCAAGUGUUUCGAAAUCAAAUUAUUUAGGAUUAUCUGAAGUUAUAAAUGAUGCUCUCUUGAGUUACAACGACUCCGUGGCCAGCAUUCCUGCCAGUCUAAACGACAUUAUCGAUGAUGAUGACGAUGACGAUGACGACGACUGGAAGUUACCGCGGAUCGUCAUCAACCAGCGAUUCGACGGAUUCCAAUUUUCAAAUUUUGCUCUCGACAGAAAGCAAGUGAACGCUGAUGUGAGUGAACCUAUCGUCAAUAACAUAAACAAUCAGAUCGCCAGUGUUGAUGACGAGAAGGUCAAGGGCGAUGAUGCUGAUGUGGAUUACGCCGUCAUUGCGUCAGCUGGCGUUCGCGACGACAACAAGAAUAACAACGUUGACGUCAUCAGUCCUGUUAACAUCAGUAAGAGUACCAACAUUAGCAGCUCUACUGUUUCCAACGACAACCACACUGACGACAAACACGCCGAGGAUAAUAACAAUUGUAAAAAUGAUACUACGGAAGUUAAUUAUGCAAUUUUUCCACUUCUUGGCAGCAGCAGCAACAACAACAACCCUUUGGCUGAACAACGUCCAUCAACAAACCCCAUCUCUGAAUAUUGCAAGAUACCUCUGGUUCAUGAUAUCAACUCGUACGCUGUCUUAUCAUCUGAUCAGAUACUGUAUCCUACGAAACAACAACCAUAUGAUAAUAACCAUAAUGGCGAUAAUGAUGGUGACGGUAGUAGUAGUAGUAAUAAUAAUAAUAAUAAUAACUUUAUCUUCAGCAAUGGGAUGGAUAAAGUGAGUAAUAAUUUAAACUUAGGAGAUCAGGGUUUGGAAUAUGUAUUGAAUAAUGAUAUAAGUCUGGCCAGUGUCUACAAUGGUGUACGUGAAAACGUUGGCAACUAUAGUAACAAUGACAUUACUAUGACCAACUACAAUAGCGUAAACAACAACAAAAACAACGAAACUGACAACGACACAAAUGUUAACUACACUUCUAUCACCUCCCCCGCCAACUACAUCAUCCACAACAAUAACGUCCACAAUUUCAACGAUCAUGAUGAUAUUGAUUAUGAUGACCACUGCCCCGAUGACGAUGACAACUACUACGAUGAUCAUAAAGAUGAUAACAACCACAACAGUAAAAGUUGCGAAAUCAAUAGAAAUAUGAGCAAAAACAUGAGCAACGAGAGUAACAACGGCAAUUGUUACAUUAGUUACAAACGAGACGUUGACAUCAACAACAUCCUAAACAACAACAUCAACAACAACAACAGCAAAAAGAACAUCGUCAACAACAACGACAUCAACUACGAAGCCACACCACACUACAUCACGACCACCUCCCUCACAAAGACAUCACCUCCAUCAUCAUUAACGUCACCAACAUCAUCUCAGUUUUCAUCCUCAUCAUCAUCAUCGGUGCCGGGUCAAAGUUUAUCAUCGUUAUCAUCACCAACUUCUACUCAGGAAUCAUCAACGCUAUCAUUAGCAUCAGGUCCUCGCCUCAUAUCACCUAUUACAUCUGAUUACGUCACAUUGGGUGGUAGCAUUACACUAAUUCAUAAUGAUAAUAUCUGUUGA